AUGGACGACUCUGCGAACUACGGCUCGCCUGGCAACGGGUCACCGGGUGACAACGACAUCCUCGCACAGCCUCCUUUGGACGACAGCAACGGUGAUGAUGUCCAAAUGUCUGACAAUGCUGCGACGGGGACACCCAUCAAGCAAGACAACAGCACGCCCGCGCCAGGCGCCGCUUCAGACAACCCUCUCGAUGCCCCCAACGCGCCCCAAGCCGAAACGACGCAAACGGGGGAUGAAGACAUGGGCGAUGCCCCAGGGGACGCAAAGAACGACGCGGCCACCGGUACGGUGCAGGAGACCAAGACGAAGGAAAGCAUCACGUCCGCCGCGCGUGAUCAUCUCAUCAGCCAGACGCACGCCAUCGUCCUGCCCAGUUACAGCACCUGGUUCGACAUGAAUGCGAUUCACGAGAUUGAGCGCAAAGCCAUGGCCGAGUUCUUCAACCAGCGGAAUCGCAGCAAGACCCCCGCCAUCUACAAGGACUACAGGGAUUUCAUGAUCAACACGUACCGCCUUAACCCGGUUGAGUAUCUGACCGUCACGGCUUGCCGCAGGAACCUGGCGGGCGACGUCUGCGCCAUUAUGCGCGUGCACGCUUUCCUCGAGCAAUGGGGACUGAUCAACUACCAGGUCGAUGCCGAGCAACGCCCUUCCCACGUCGGGCCUCCCUUUACCGGCCACUUCAAGAUCAUCUGUGAUACCCCUCGCGGUCUUCAGCCGUGGCAGCCUGCCGCUGACCCCACCCUCUUGGAGGGUAAGAAGAAUCAGGACACCGACAACAAGGCUGCCGCAUCGACGGCGAACAAGGGUGACCUGAACCUGGAAAUCGGGCGCAACAUCUACGAAGCCAGCGCAAAGGGAACGCCCAUCAGCAAGACAGAGAACAAGACCAAUGGAGACGCCUCGGCCGUUAACGGCGUGUCGGGAGGCGAGCCGGGCACCAAGACGCCUAUUGCCGCAGUGCACUGCCACAUGUGCAGCGUGGACUGCACGCGUGUUUACUAUCACAACGGCGCGCAGCAGGGCGAGACAGCCUCCAAGACGAGGUACGAUGUCUGCCCCAGCUGCUUUGUGGAGGGUCGCCUGCCAUCCAACCACACAUCUCAGAUGUACACAAAGGAGGAGAACCCUCAGUACACCGCAGUCCUCGACCGCGACGCUCCUUGGACUGACGCCGAGAUCCUGCGUCUUUUGGAGGGUCUCGAGAGGUUCGACGAGGACUGGAGCGAGAUUGCCGACCAUGUUGGCACCCGAACGCGCGAAGAGUGCGUCCUCCAAUUCUUGCAGCUGGACAUUGAGGAGAAGUACCUGGAUUCCGAGGUGCCCCUCAACCCUCCCACUGGACUGGCCAUGCUGGGCAGCCAACACGGCCAGCUGCCCUUCAGCCAGGCUGACAACCCCGUCAUGUCUGUGGUUGGGUUCCUGGCGAGUCUCGCCGACCCUGCCAGCACAGCGGCGGCGGCGAACAAGUCGGCUGCCGAGCUCAAGCGCCAGUUGCGAAAGCAGCUCGAGAACGUCCCCACCGCCGACAGCGACGACAAAGUGGCGGAAAAGAAAAAGGAAAAGGAGAAGGACGAGUCGAUGGACAUUGACGUGCGGCAAGAGACCACCACCACGACAACGACGACAACGACCAAGACAACAAGCCUGGCCUCUGUUCCUCUAGCCUCCAUGGGCGCCCGCGCGGCUGGGUUCGCCUCGCACGAAGAGCGCGAGAUGACACGCCUAGUAUCUGCCGCUGCCAACGUGACGCUGCAGAAGCUGGAGCUGAAGCUCAAGUACUUCAACGAGAUGGAGUCGAUCAUGCGCGCCGAGCGCCGCGACCUGGAGCGCGGCAGACAACAACUGUUCCUGGACAGGCUCGCGUUCAAGCGUCGCGUGCGCACGGUGCAGGAUGGUCUCAAGGCGGCCGCGGCCACCGGCGGUGAUCAGGGCCUGCGCAUGGCGAACGAGGCGAUGACGGAGGGCGAGCGACUGAGCUUCCAGCCGGUAGCUGAUGCGAAUGGGAUCCAGCCCCCGAGCAGUGACGGCCAGACCAAGAGCUUUGAGCUAUGA